CACAAUCACAUCAAGAGCUGCAACCAUGAUAAAUAUGAUGAUGCGCUGGUGAAGAUUAAGACUGAACAUGAGGAUCUGACGCCCACCAGAAGCUCCAGUAAUCAGCAAACGUCCUCUGGUACUGUCAGCAUUAACACCUCUCUCAGUCCCACACAGGAAGAAGGAAACGUCUGCUCACAGUGUGGGAAGAGCUUCAGUACACGGAGGAAUCUAAAAAUACACCAGCGCAUUCACACUGGAAAGAAACCUCAUCAGUGCUCACAGUGUGGGAAGAGCUUUAGGUACCAGAGUAAUUUCAAAAUACACCAGCGCAUUCACACUGGAAAGAAACCGUAUCAGUGCUCACAAUGUGGGAAGAGUUUUAAUCAACAGAGUAAUCUUAAAAAACACCAGCGCAUUCACACUGGAGAGAAACCGUAUCUGUGCUCACAGUGUGGAAAGAGUUUUAGGCGUCAAAGUUAUCUCAAAGAACACCAGCGCAUUCACACUGGAGAGAAACCGUUUCAGUGCUCACAGUGUGGAAAGAGUUUUACUCAACAGAGUAAUCUCAAAGAACACCAGCGCAUUCACACUGGAGAGAAACCGUUUCAGUGCUCACAGUGUGGAAAGAGUUUUUAUCAACAGAAUAAUUUCAAAACACACCAGCGCAUUCACACUGGAGAGAAACCGUAUCACUGCUCACAGUGUGGGAAGAGUUUUAAUCAACAGAGUAAUCUCAAAGAACACCAGUGCAUUCACACUAGAGAGAAACCGUAUCAGUGCUCACAGUGUGGAAAGAGUUUCAAGCAUCAAUGUUAUCUCAAAGAACACCAGCGUGUUCAUACUGGAGAGAAACCGUAUCAGUGCUCACAGUGUGGAAAGAGUUUUAAUCGUCAAAGUCAUCUUAAAAGACACCAGCUCAUUCACACUGGAGAGAAACCAUAUCACUGCUCACAAUGUGGAAAGAGUUUUAAUCAUCAGAGUGCUCUCAAAAUACACCAGCGCAUUCACACUGGAGAGAAAUCGUAUCAGUGCUCUCAGUGUGGGAAGACUUUUAAUCAACAGAGUCAUCUCAAAGAACACCAGCGCAUUCACACUGGAGAGAAACCGUAUCAGUGCUCACAGUGUGGAAAGAGUUUCAAGCAUCAAUGUUAUCUUAACGAACACCAGCGCAUUCACACUGGAGAGAAACCGUAUCAGUGCUCACAGUGUGGAAAGAGUUUUAAUCGUCAAAGUCAUCUCAAAAGACACCAGCGCAUUCACACUGGAGAGAAACCGUAUCAGUGCUCACAGUGUGGGAAGAGUUUUAAUCAACAGAUGUGCCUACUUCAACACCAGCGCAUUCACACUGGAGAGAAACCGUAUGAGUGCUCACAGUGUGGGAAGAGUUUUAAUCAACAGAGUGGUCUCAAAACCCACCAGCGCAUUCACACAGGGGAGAAACCGUAUCAGUGCUCACAAUGUGGGAAGAGUUUUGAUCGAUUAAGUAAUCUCAAAACCCACCAGCGCAUUCACACUGGAGAGAAACCAUAUCAGUGCUCACAGUGUGGGAAAAGUUUUAAUGUACAGUGUCAUCUUAAACGACACCAGCGCAUUCACACUGGAGAGAAACCGUAUCAGUGUUCACAGUGUGGGAAGAGUUUUAAUACAAAAAGUAUUCUUAGCAAACACCAGCGCAUUCACACUGAAGAAAAACCAUAUCAGUGCUCACAGUGUGGUAAGAGAUUUAAUGCACAGGGUCAUCUCAAAGAACAUCAGCGCAUUCACACUGGAGAUAAACCGUAUAAGUGCUCACAGUGUGGAAAGAGUUUUAAUCAACAGAGUGCUCUCAAAAUACACCAGCGCAUUCACACUGGAGCAAAACCAUAUCUGUGCUCAGAGUGUGGGAAGAGUUUUAAUCAACAGAGUGCUCUCAAAAAACACCAGCGCAUUCACACUGGAGUGAAACCGUAUCCGUGCUCACAGUGUGGGAAGAGUUUUAAUCAACAGAGUGCUCUUAAAAUACACCAGCGCAUUCACACUGGAGAGAAACCAUAUCUGUGCUCACAGUGUGGGAAGAGUUUUAAUCAACAGUGUGCUCUCAAAACCCACCAGCGCAUUCACACUGGAGAGAAACCAUAUCAGUGCUCACAGUGUGGAAAGAGUUUUAAUGAACAGGGUAAUCUCAACAAACACCAGCGCAUUCACACUGGAGAGAAACCGUAUCAGUGCUCACAGUGUGGAAAGAGUUUUAAUGAACAAAGUAAUCUCAACAAACACCAGCGCGUUCACAUUUUACAGAAAUGAUGCUCACAGUGUGGGAACUGCUUUGCUCAUUUAUCAACAUUUAGACACAAGUGUGACACAUCAGAUUGUACCAAACAAGCUAAAAUAAAAAAUAUAUAUAAAUCCUCCCUAAGUGAGUGAGUGUUGGGGAGAAAAGGUUAGCAAUUAAUUCAUUAUACUGUGUAAUUAACAGCUAAUAAUCCAUUACAGGGCACCACUGUCAGUUUUAAAGGGAAAUUACCAGGAAAUCCAGAUUUAUAACAGAUCAGUCACUUCCUGUUAGAGUAAAGUUUGUUAGGUCGAUUAUUUCUCUCACUCAGGGAAUCAAACUCACAGCACUAAAUUCUAAAUCAUUAAAAUAUCAUAACACAUACAAUAACAUUUAAUAAGUACAUAGUCAUAAUAAAAGUAUCUGUAGGUAAAACUAUUACUGAAACAGGUCUGCACACACAAAGGUCAUCACACGCUGUGCAAUGACCUUGGUUGGAUAGGUUGAAUUUUCUACACACAGCCGAAUAGGAACUUUACCUUGACAGAAUUACUGUGUUGCCUCAUUUCAACUCACUUAGAGAGGUGUGGCGUGCAGGAGAUGAACUUUCCUUAAGAUCACGUGACGAAAUAGGUGCUGCCCAUCAUGCAGGUUACCCACUUGUGGUCAGACUUUUGGUGUAGGAUGUUAUUUUUAUUUUCUUGAUUAUGGGUUAGUCUCCAGUUUUAGUGCAUAGACUUCACAUAGUCCUUUUCAACCAGAAAGUUGGUUCUUGAAAUGGUUCCAUUCGGGCUUCUUAGAACUCUGGUGAUACUUAGAGAAACAGACUGUGUUUACACCAGUUUUUCAUUGAACCGAUGAUGUGUCUUCAACGGAGGGCUCUGCACAAUGGCAGUAAACAGUAGUAACAAGAUGGCGGAGAACGUUUGUGCUGUUGUUUAAGACAGGCAAGCCUACUGACACGGUCAGGGUCAUUCUAACCUGCUUCAAUAAACUGUUUUUACAUGUUGACACAGAUGUUACUUGUAUAACUUAUUGAGCAUGCAUCAACUUGUAUAACUUGUCUUCACAUACAGCAGUUGCUACAGUUCGGGCAAAUGGUCACCUGUUUAUUUGUAGUAGAUAUUGGAGUGUGUUUGCGUCAGUGGAAGCGUGGGUGUUUGGUCAACGCACAAACUUUUCUACUCAUGCAAAAAGACGCUUAGCGCACACACUCAAGUUUGAUAUAGAAAUUAGGGGUCCUAGAACUGCCCAGGAUUUUUCCUGAUCAGUUACUGCCAAGACUUCACGGGCCUCCCAGUCUAGAGGUGGCAGGAUGAUCAUUUAAAGAGCUGAUUGGUGAGGUUUUUUCCCUUUUGCUAUGUGUUGCAUGGAUUAAUAUUGUUAUGGUCACUUCUUUGUCAUUUAUGUAUUUUCCUUGCUGUUGCUUGUUUGAUAAUGAAAUAUAUUCUUUACACCAAUACACA